GCCAUUUUGGUCGAGGGUGAGAAAGGAAAGGAUUUCUGUAGAACUUUGAUGCACACAGUAUUCAAACCCUGAGCAUUGGUGAGCACCCAAGAUGUCGGGGCCAGCACCUGAAGAUGAAGGGUUCGUGGUGAGACUGAGAGGACUUCCAUGGACAGCUACAGCAGAAGAUGUUGUGUCCUUCUUCAAAGGUUUGGAAAUUGUUGGUGGGGAAAGUGGAGUGAAGUUUUUAUUUUCCCGAGAAGGAAGACCCAGUGGGGAAGGUUUUGUGGAGUUUAACAGUGAAGCAGAUGUACAGAUGGCUGUAAAAAGACACAAUGAACAUAUGGGACAAAGAUAUGUUGAAGUGUUCAAGUCCAAGAAAAGUGAGAUGGACUGGGUAAUUAAACGUUCAGGAACAACCCACACACAGAACUCUACAGAGGCUGUACUGCGGCUGCGUGGGCUGCCAUUUGGCUGCUCAAAAGAGGAAAUAGCUCAGUUUUUCACAGGAUUGGAGAUUGUUCCGAAUGGGAUUAUGCUACCAGAGGACCGACAGGGGAGGAGCACGGGGGAGGCCUAUGUGCAGUUUGCAUCACAAGACAUAGCAGAAAAGGCUUUGAAUAAGCACAUGGAAAGAAUAGGGCACAGAUACAUAGAGAUCUUCAAGAGCAGUCCUCAGGAGGCUUAUGUAGCAGUUGGCCAACCAAGAUUCCGAAAUAAUAUGGGAGGAAUGAAUCGGCCAGGGCCGUAUGAUCGUAAUGAGAGGUUCGGAGGCAUGGGUAUGGGCAACAUGGGAGGCGGCGGAGGCAUGGGAGGAGGCGGUAUGAUGGGAGGCGGAGGAAACGCUGGAGGAGGUGGUCCUGGUGGGAUGGGAGGCAUGGGCAACUAUGGCCGUGGGCGAGGCAGAAAUGUCAAAGGUUACUAUGACGAUGACUACGAGGACUUUGGUGGUGGAUAUGCUGGAGGAUUUGGUGGUAAUCGUCGUGGUAAGAUGAACUCGCCACAACGUGGACGAUUUCAGCAGCAGCAGCAGCAGAGCAUGAUGCAGCGCCCGCGUGGCCUGAUGCCAGGCAGCACACAUUCCAGUGUCACAGGUCACUCAGUGCACAUGAGGGGGCUGCCAUUCCAGGCUAUUGAUGCAGACAUUUGUGAGUUUUUUGCCCCACUGAAGCCUGUCAGAAUAGAAUUCGAGCUCUAUGCUAACGGUCGACCAACAGGAGAAGCUAAUGUUGACUUUGCUACACAUCCAGAUGCUCUAGAAGCAAUGAAAAAACACAAGACAAAUAUGCAACAUCGGUAUAUAGAGCUUUUCUGUAACUCAACACCUGGAGGACUAGGAGGCAACAGUGGUGGAUUUGGUGGAGACAUGGGGUCUGGAGGGGGAGGUAACUCUGGCGGAGGAUUUGGCGGCAAUAUGGGUGGCGGAGGAAUGGGUGGUAACAUGGGAGGCGGCAACAUGGGAGGCGGAGGCUACAACAAUAGUGGAGGCGGCAACAUGGGAGGUGGGAAUAUGGGAGGAGGUGGAUACAACAGUGGUGGAAACUUCGGAGGCAACAUGGGAGGCGGUGGAGGGAAUAUGAACAACUACAUGGGAGGAGGAGGUGGAUUUGGCAACAAUAUGGGCAACAUGGGAAAUAUGGGCAACAUGGGCAACAUGGGAGGUCAGGGAAUGAACAACAACCUUAUGGGAAAUCCCAACUACACAGCCUUCUAAUAAUUAACUAUUGACUUUAGAGACCUUUUACAUGUUUUAUGGAACCAUGUCCUAAGUUUUUACCGUGGCCCUCGAUAUGAAGAUCUGUUGACCAUCAUGCCUGUUAAUUUUAUUUUUCCGAUCUGCUAAAGUGGCAGUUCCAGAUUUGUGUAAAGUUUACCAGUCGAAAACUGCUCUUGACUUGUGACAUGUUGUGUAUAAAGUAUUACAUGUAUGAAUUUCAUUUCCAUCCAUUUUACAAAUAAAUAUCAUUUUGACUGA